GGACACAGGACCUUGUAUGUUGGCGUGCGUAUGCCUCUGGGUAGACAAAGUCACCGACACCACAGGACCCAUGGAUCAAAGCACAAGAAGCGAGAGAAAGUGAAAGGUGCUGUCCAGGAAGAAGGAAAGGACAAUCUCACUUAUGACACCCCUUCCCAGCGAGUACAGUUCAUUUUGGGAACUGAGGAUGAUGAUGAGCAUGUUCCGCAUGAGCUUUUCACUGAACUUGAUGAAAUCUGCGUACGGGGGGGUGAAGAUGCUGAGUGGAAGGAGACUGCCAGGUGGUUGAAGUUUGAGGAAGACGUUGAGGAUGGUGGAGACCGUUGGAGUAAACCAUAUGUUGCCACACUGUCGUUACAUAGCCUGUUUGAGCUACGAAGUUGUAUCAUUAAUGGUACUGUCUUAUUGGACAUGCGUGCAAACAGCAUUCAGGAGAUUGCAGAUAUGAUCCUUGAUCAUCAGGAGUCUUCCAUGGAACUGGAUGAAAACAUUCGUGUGAAAGUGCGUGAAGCUCUUCUGAAAAGACAUCACCAUCAGAUUGAGAGAAAAAGGAAUAAUCUCAUUCCAAUUGUUAGGUCCUUUGCUGAGGUUGGGAAAAAGCAAUCUGAACCUUAUUCCAUGGACAAGGCAGGUCAAAUGCUGUCCCCACAAUCUCUUCCGACUCAUCUUGAAGCUAAAAAUGGAGUCAACCAAGACAAUGUAAAUUUUGAGUCAGGCAAGGUUGACCUUCACUUCAUGAAGAAGAUACCUACUGGAGCCGAAGCCUCUAAUGUCUUGGUUGGCGAGUUAGACUUCCUGAAAAGACCAAUUGUAGCUUUUGUGCGUCUUUCUCCAGCUAUCCUUCUUACAGGACUUACUGAGGUUCCAAUUCCUACCAGAUUUCUUUUCAUUUUGCUGGGACCGGUUGGCAAAGCUCAACAAUACCAUGAGAUUGGCAGGUCUAUGGCCACUAUAAUGACUGAUGAAAUUUUUCAUGAUGUUGCUUACAAAGCCAAGGAUCGGAGUGACCUACUUGCUGGGAUUGAUGAAUUUCUUGAUCAGGUGACUGUUCUUCCCCCGGGUGAAUGGGACCCUUCCAUUCGAAUUGAGCCACCAAAAAAUGUUCCAUCUCAGGAGAAACGGAAACAGCCUGGCAUCCCAAACGGUAAUGCUUGCCAUGUUGAACCUGAGCCACAAGUGGGACACAGUGGUCCUGAACUGCUGCGCACAGGAAGGCUAUUUGGAGGCUUGAUCCUUGAUGUCAAACGGAAGAUUCCCUGUUUCUGGAGUGAUUUUAGGGAUGCCUUCAGUUUACAGUGUGUGGCAUCCUUCCUAUUCCUGUACUGUGCCUGCAUGUCUCCUGUAAUUACAUUUGGUGGCCUCUUGGGCGAAGCAACAGAAGGACGCAUAAGUGCAAUUGAGUCUCUGUUUGGGGCUUCCAUGACAGGAAUAGCAUAUUCUCUCUUUGCUGGCCAACCUCUUACUAUUCUGGGCAGUACAGGUCCUGUGCUGGUGUUUGAAAAGAUUUUAUUCAAAUUCUGCAAGGACUACAAUUUAUCCUACCUGUCCUUGAGAGCGAAUAUUGGACUUUGGACAUCUUUCCUGUGUAUCUUGCUUGUUGCCACUGAUGCAAGCUCUCUUGUUUGUUAUAUAACUCGUUUCACUGAGGAAGCAUUUGCUUCUCUCAUCUGCAUAAUCUUCAUCUAUGAAGCCCUGGAAAAGCUGAUCCAUUUGGGAGAAAUUUAUUCUUUCAACAUGCACACAAAUUUGGACCAACUUACUCAGUACUUCUGUAUAUGUACAGAGCCUCGUAAUCCUGACAACAGAACUCUAGCGUACUGGGAAAAGCACAAUAUUACAAGAUCAUCAGUUCCUUGGGCAAAUCUAACUGUCAGUGACUGUAGGACAUUUCAAGGUGAAUUUGUUGGUCCUUCAUGUGGUCACCACGGGCCAUACACCCCAGAUGUUCUCUUCUGGUCUGUUAUACUAUUCUUUUCUACAUUUGCCCUGUCAGGAUUCCUCAAACAAUUUAAAACAAGUCACUAUUUUCCAACAAAGGUACGAUCAAUGAUAAGUGAUUUUGCAGUUUUCCUGACUAUCUUAUCCAUGGUUCUUAUUGACUAUGCCCUGGGAAUUCCAUCACCUAAGCUUCAAGUUCCUAGUGUCUUUAAGCCAACAAGAGAUGAUCGUGGGUGGUUAAUAAACCCCAUAGGUCCAAAUCCCUGGUGGACAGUUAUUGCUGCCAUUAUACCAGCUCUGCUGUGUACUAUUCUUAUUUUCAUGGACCAACAGAUCACUGCUGUCAUUAUAAACAGGAAGGAACACAAGCUGAAGAAAGGAUGUGGCUAUCACCUUGACCUCCUGAUGGUGGCAGUAAUGUUGGGUGUAUGUUCAGUUAUGGGACUCCCCUGGUUUGUAGCUGCAACUGUUCUCUCUAUCUCUCAUGUGAACAGUUUGAAGCUGGAAUCAGAAUGUUCAGCUCCUGGUGAACAGCCAAAGUUCCUGGGCAUUAGAGAACAGCGGGUCACUGGCCUCAUGAUCUUUGUCCUUAUGGGGUGCUCGGUCUUUAUGACUGGUUUCUUAAAGUUCAUUCCGAUGCCAGUGCUUUAUGGAGUCUUUCUUUACAUGGGGGUCUCAUCACUGAAAGGAAUUCAGUUCUUUGAUCGUCUGCAACUAUUUGCGAUGCCAGCCAAGCACCAACCAGAUUUUAUCUACCUGCGUCAUGUGCCUCUGCGCAAAGUUCACCUUUUUACACUCAUACAGCUCACCUGUCUGGUCCUGCUGUGGGUCAUCAAAGCCUCACCUGCGGCAAUUGUCUUUCCUAUGAUGGUAUUAGCUCUAGUUUUUGUUAGAAAAUUGAUGGACCUUUGCUUUCUGAAGCGUGAGCUAAGCUGGCUUGAUGAUCUAAUGCCUGAAAGUAAGAAGAAAAAACUGGACGAUGCCAAAAAAGUCAAAGAGGAUGGGGAAUCAGAGAAAAUGCUGGAACCAGGGGACGGUGGUGUGCACCUACCAAUGGAAAGUAGAAAACUGCUUCAAAGCCCAGUAAAGAGUAAUAUUUAUAGGUGUGAUCCAUCUGAAAUUAAUAUCUCUGAUGAAAUGUCUAAAUCUACAGUUUGGAAGGCACUCAGUAUGAAUACAGAGAGCAACAAAACAAAGGAUAACACAACUUCAAAAAGCAGUUCCAUUCAAAAAUAAAUGUAUGUUGAUGCUCAUGAAUCAGGUUUUAAUCCCAACAUUGACAGAAAAGGAUGAAGCUGGAAUUGACUCAGGGAAGAGCCAAAGUAGAGAGGUUUUCAAACAAACACCAACACUGCGUCCUGGAACAUCGUUGAAGAAUAAAACAAAUUGAAGGCAACAAAUUGUCCUUUUAAGAACUCCAUUAAGACCUUUCAAAAAGAAGUUGAAGUAUAAUUUUAAUUUUGAUUUUGUUUUUGCAAGUGAUUAGAUUGACCCGAGCAAAAGUUUGAACUCUUGAAAGAAAUGUAAUUUUAUGCAUUUUUAAAAAUUUUCAGUUUUGUGAUACAAUGCCUGACAAAAAUCGACCUUUUGAAAGAUCUUAAUCUCUAACCAGCAUAUAAUUUGAAACAAUUGAUGUAUAGAUGGUAAGAAUAAUUAGAUUUGUUAUAUGUACUGCAUUACAAUUAUGGUGUGAUCACCAGUGCUGUUUCAUGUUAUUUCUACACUUCAAGGUAUGUUUCAUGUCCCUGCAUGAAAGAUCUAUUGUCUAUCAACAUUGUUUACAUGUACCUUGGUCACUAAAUGUUAUCUUUCUAAUUAAUAAAGCAACUUGCAGUGCAAUAUACUGUACAAAUUAAAAUCGCUACUAAUAUACUACAUGGCUAGUGAAAAGAUAAUUCUGAAAAUGUUUUCUAAGAAUCCCUUACCAAUAGACAUUGAGAGGUUUCUGUCAUCUGAAACCCUCAUCAGCCUGCUGGCAGUAAUAUCCCUGUUGUGAACUUUGAGGGGUACUAAAAUGAAUGAUGAACAAUUGUAUGGCAUUGAUAUGAUAAACAAAAUUUAGUUAAUAUUUGUUAUUAUGCUGAAGUGUGCAGGAUGAAAGAAUUAGCUUAGAAUGCUGUGAUUAUAUGAAGCUUCAGAACUAAUUAGAAAAAUACAAAUAUUAAACAAAACCUGCAAAAUCAUACCCUGUGAAGUUCAGUUCUGAGUACAUAAAACGUUUCCUAACUUGCAAGUUCAUUUUUAAAUUGUUCCCACCGGAAGCAUCUGCUGCCACAUUCUUCAAAGGACAUUCUGUAGUCAUGUUUUAAAUUGCUUAUAUAUUGUCAGAUAAUUUCACUUCUAAAUAAUCAUAAGGUAAGUUAAUUAACUGUUUCUUAAAUCAGUACUUUUAACAAGAUGGGAAGCUUAAAGUGCAAUAGCAUAGCAAUACAUAAUUAUUUUCAUUUAUUCUUUUGUGUUAGGGAAGAAAUGUCAGAAAUUCAUUCGAUGAGAAAGGAUUAAAAAUGCAAAUUUAAAUCUAGUAUCAAAACUGAUAUAUAUGUAAGUGCCAUGAAAGUAACACUAGUUCAUCAAAAAGAAUAAGCUGUUGAGGGCAAGUGGUGAGCAAGUCUAUGUCUAAUGCUAGGUAAGACCAUCUACAAUCAGCAGAGAUUAUCAAUAUACUUGAAGAUCACCACAUACCUCUUGACACUAAAGUCAAAAAGUUUUCAGCUGAAGGAGAAAGGUAAUGUCUGGGUGGAAAAAAGAUGGUGUUUUCAGGAAGAACAUAACAGACUUAUCUCUAGUUCAUAACGUAUCAUAGAGGUAGAGAAACCCAAGUCAUGGACUAAAACACCACUACAAUUCUCAAAGGAUUAUAUAUUAUGUUACAACAGAGACUGGUGGAGUGCACUGACGGUCUAUUCCCACUAUGCCACAGGUCACAACAUAAUAUAUUAUGAUAUUGAUAUAGCAAAUUAAAAAUCUUAUCUAUAUCAGGUUUUAAAUAAAAAUAUCUAUCAACCAGUGUUCUUCAGGAAAAGAGAAAAUUUGCUUUUUCUCUGCAAAGGUUCACUGAAAUAAAGAAUAACACUUUCUGGUCAUUAGGGCCAUUCUUGAAGGCAUAAUUGCCAAGGCAUAGAAUGUUCUGAUAUAUGUGGUCAAAUCACUAAUCAUGCAUCAUUGUCUCUGAAGUCGUAGCAGAUGCAAUUUGCUCAGGAAAUACAAUAUUGAGAAGUUCUUGCAAUCAUACUUCCAGAAGAACCAAUCGAUUUUACUUUGAAAUCAAAACAGGGUAUUUUUCAAAAUAGGAAUGACUAAGGGGCAGCCUUUCCCCAUAGGCUUUUGUUUCCCAACUAAUUCCAUAUAUCAAAGCAUCCUCCAUCCAGUCACUGUUCAAACAACCUUAGCAGGAGUCUACAGCAGUACAAGUUAUCACUACUCAUGUGAUUUCCAAUGUCCAAUGAGCUUUCAGUUACCUCUUUGAAAUAAACCACGUCACGCAUUUCCAUAAAAUUCAAAAUAAAGCUGUUUUUCCACAAUCUUUCAAAACCCAAGUCCUCCAAGACAUUUUAAAUCUGAAGUGUCAUCAUAACAAUUAAGACCAUAUUGAAACUGUGCUGGUUGCAGGCUGUUGAGGGCACCUGGCAAUAACAAAAAAAAACUCUAUUCUGCUGUUAAAACUCAUUUCUUCAGAUACUUCAAUUCACAAUUUUAGAAUCUUGUAUCAUUAUGUAACAUCUUUAGAGCACUGUUUUUGUCUGAUUUCCUGGAGAAACACAGCUAUCAAACAAGUAAUUUCCAUUUUAUGAUUUUGAAUGUAUACAUACCAAAAGAAAAUUAAAAUAUGAAAAUAUAUCCUUAGUGAAUUUAAAAAAGUGCAGGCACAAAUUUUUAAUAUAGCUUCUUUCUAGUGGACAUGUAGAAAUAGAGACGCAUUAUUUUAUUUUAAAAGAGACUUAUAGAAAUAUAUUAAUAGAUUAUUUUGUUGCAGAAAACCUAUAGUCUUAUGACAGUUAUAAUGUAAAUAAAAGUACAAGCGGAAAUCAAAUCCACUUGGUCCACCAAGCAGAAGCUUGUUGGCCUAAAUCUGAAGGAUGGACUAAUAGUUCGCAUACACAAGAUGACCACAGACCCCUUCAACUAAGAAAUAUAAAAGUAUAGUAAAGCCAAAAUGGCUUAUAUUUUAGUGAUGCCAUUUUUGUUUCUGUUUAUUAGUCCCAGAUAUUUAGAUGUGAAGACCCAGGUAUAUAAAUUGUUUGUUUACAGUAUUGUUUAAAUGGAGUAAUGUGAUUGCAGUUUCAGUUCAAGGUGAAUGUAAAAGUUAUUUAUGAUAUAGUGGAGGAAUUGUUUGUAAAAGUGCUGUAAAGUCAGGUAAUGCUGUGUUUAAUCUUGUUUUAUUUUGUUGCAAAUUUGUUGUAGUGAAAAUAGAGAUGCAGUAAAAUAAGUGUUCACCUAAACUGUAACAAAUGAAGAAAAGCAUCAUUUUAAAGAGACAAUAUUCCUCUUAUUUAAAUAGGCCUGCAUUUUGCAAAACAUUAGAAUGGAUUUUCAUUUUUUCUUAGCCUGUCAUGAGUAUCAAUGAAGAUGAUAGAAACUUCUUUUCAUUUUUGUUCAAAAUGUUAAAUGAAGUCUUACUAACAAUGUGCAUAGGUCGUGAAAUGCAGCCUUUUUAGAACAAGAGCAGAAAUUCUGUGAACUUAAAUAAUUAAAAUGUGAAUGGAACAAUUAUAAUUUAUUUCUAUAAGGAAAUAAAAAUGAUUAAAAUACAA